AGCCGUCUUUUAGCGGGCGUUUGGCAGUACAGCGUCGUGACGUUUUGUGAGGGGACUACCAACAGGGCUGAGCUGGGCCAAUGAGAAGGGGAAAGGGGGCUGGUUUGCCUGUUCUCACGCCCAACCAACCCUCAGACCCAGCCCUAGGAAAGUUUCCCUUCUAGGCGGGAGAGAAGGCUAACAUGGCAGCGCGUUGGUGGCGUUGGUAUGUCUCUGCAAUCAUGGCGGUGGCACUGCUGCUCGUUUUCGGGGUUCCCUCAGCCUCUGCCCAGAGAAAGAAGGAGAUGGUGUUGUCUGAAAAGGUUAGUCAGCUGAUGGAAUGGACCAAUAAAAGGCCUGUAAUAAGAAUGAAUGGAGACAAGUUCCGUCGUCUUGUUAAAGCCCCACCGAGAAACUACUCCGUUAUUGUCAUGUUCACUGCUCUCCAACUUCAUAGACAAUGUGUCGUGUGCAAGCAAGCUGAUGAAGAAUUCCAGAUCCUUGCAAACUCCUGGCGAUAUUCCAGUGCAUUUACCAACAGGAUAUUUUUUGCUAUGGUGGAUUUUGAUGAAGGCUCUGAUGUAUUUCAGAUGCUAAACAUGAAUUCAGCUCCAACUUUCAUCAACUUUCCUGCAAAAGGGAAGCCAAAACGGGGUGAUACAUAUGAGUUGCAGGUGCGUGGAUUUUCAGCUGAGCAGAUUGCCCGGUGGAUUGCUGACAGAACUGAUGUCAAUAUUAGAGUAAUUAGACCCCCAAAUUAUGCUGGUCCCCUUAUGUUGGGAUUGCUUUUGGCUGUUAUUGGUGGACUUGUGUAUCUUCGAAGGAGCAAUAUGGAAUUUCUCUUUAAUAAAACUGGAUGGGCUUUUGCGGCUCUGUGUUUUGUGCUUGCUAUGACAUCUGGUCAAAUGUGGAACCAUAUAAGAGGACCACCGUAUGCUCAUAAGAAUCCCCACACGGGUCAUGUGAAUUAUAUCCAUGGAAGCAGCCAAGCUCAAUUUGUAGCUGAAACACACAUUGUUCUUCUGUUCAAUGGUGGGGUUACCUUAGGAAUGGUGCUUUUAUGUGAAGCUGCUACAUCUGACAUGGAUAUUGGAAAGCGGAAGAUAAUGUGUGUGGCUGGUAUUGGACUUGUUGUAUUAUUCUUCAGUUGGAUGCUCUCAAUUUUCAGAUCUAAGUAUCAUGGAUAUCCAUAUAGCUUUCUGAUGAGUUAAAAAGGAUUCCAGAAAUAUGUAGACACUGGAGUAAUGGAAAUUGAAAAAUGAAAAAUAAUGUGUGUGAAAAGAAGAAUGCAAUUUAUGUAUUUUGGAUUACCUCUUUUUUUUCCAAGUGAUUAAAAUAGUUAAUCAUUUAACCAAAGAAGAUGUAUAGUGCCUUAACAAGCAAUUUUCAUGAAGUAUUUGGAUACAAUUCUUCUCUUAACCUUCCCUUCCCAAUAAACUUUCUGGAACAUUUAAUUUAGUGGAAUUUUAUAAAAAAUUUAAAACUACUACAUUUUAAUUAGAACAGGGUUCAAAACUGUGUUGCUUAACGUUUGGCCAUGUGAUUUUUUUAUCUUAUCCAAAGGUAGUGGGAACUUGUGACCAGGUGUUCUUGCAUAUGCCUGUUACUGAUAACAGCAUCAGGAAUCUAUUCUAAGCUUUUCCAUCGUUGCAUGGAUGUGUAUACUUCACACAUCUUUCCUUUUGAGCAGAGAAAUCAUAUAUACUAUGUGUCUUCUGAAAAUGAAACACCAUUCUUCAGCGUACACAUCUAGACUUUAGAAAAAAAAUGACUAGCCAGUCCUCUUCCAUCUUCCCUCCUGAAAUAUUGUGCAGACUAUGUUUCUUGGUAGCUGUAGACAUUAAAAAGUAUUCCUAAAUACAGGAUUAUGAUUUCUUCAUGAGUGUGGUGGUAGCUGCCUGUAUUUGGAAAGAUUUCAGGCUCAUUCUGUUUCCCUAAUUUAUUUAAGAUGGGCCCCUCUCUAAUAAAAAUGUAGCUUAGUAUUAAAAUCAGUAUAAGUUUAGAAUGGACUAAAAUGUUUCUGCAACUCAGAGAUUAUCACUUAUUUCAUUUGUACCUAAGUGAAAAAAAUGGAUUUAUCUGGUUAAAUCAAUUUCUGUAUUACAGUGACAACAUAUUUUAUUAACCCUUAUGGUUAGGAAAAGGACUCCCCUAGAUUGGGAAAAUAAAAUCAUGAAACAUUAAGUUGUUGCUUAUGAAUAGAAAGUAAAUUUUUCUUGUAAACUGUUGUUUUCUUGCUAUUAUUUUAACUUUUGUCCUCUCACUUUAUGUGGAGAAACAAAGUAAUCAUUUGAAGAAGUUCUAUUUGAAUUUGAUAUUUUUUCUGUCAGUGAAAAUAACCAUAUGUGCUAACCAAAUUUCUGUGAAGAAUGAAAGUUGAUGGUUCAGUAGAUAUAGCUAUAAUCUUCUCCAUGGCUGUAAAGAGUAUCCAGAAAUGCCAUUAUUAUAGAAAUAUGCAAAUUUCGAUUGUGAAAAAUUUUAAGAAACCUUAGAAGUAUUAUAUUAAGAUAAUAUUGUGACUGCCUACUACUAUUUACCAUCUAAUAACUCUCCCUCAUGGUCUAGAAAUCUUACAUAAUAGACGUUUGAAGAAAGAGAUGAAUAUAGUUACCUAAGAAGAAAUGUUCUAUGUGGGGCUUUUGAUUUGUUUUUUUUUAAGUAGAUUUGGUGGGUGAGGUGAUAUUUACUCUCUAGUGGAGCCCGUUUUUGUUACUCCACUAUAAACUGUGUGAUUCUGGAUUCCUUAUCUGCUGUUUUUGUACUUGUCUCAGGCCAAAUAAAUUUAUGCUGUGAUUCUUAUGAGACUUGUAUGAAUAUGCCCUGAUUUGUACAGACUAACCAGGGGAAUAUUACUGCCAUGUAAUCUAUAGCUCCAGAUACUUUGCAAUGAGCAUUGAAGAAUGACAGUUCUUUGUAUUUUUUGUGUCUCUCUUAAGAGCACAUUCUUCUUUAAGGAGAGAAGUUGUGUUCUGGCUAAAAUCUGUAGAGAGGAGAUUUACUAUACUUAGAAUAGUGUUACUUUUGUGGAAAUGUUGAAAGUAGCUUUCAUCUGAAGUGCCUUAAGUAGAUUCUUAAAUUUACUUUUCUAGUAUUGAUUUAAAUAUUAUUUGUUAUGCAUUUUAAAAUACUAUUCAAAAUUAUACAUUGUAGUGGCAAAGAUAACCAAAUGUCUGGCUGUUUGCUUUUUGAUCAUAUCAAUAAACUUUUACAAUCUAAA